AUGUUGUUUCUCUGUAUAUUUUCCCUGGUUUUUACUGGAAUUCAAGGCUAUCAUGUUUACGACGCAGAAACUGAUAGUUUAACAGUUCAUUACGAGGAAAAGAAGAAAUGUGGUGGUGGAGAAUUGAUAAGUCGUGUUGUUGUUGAAAAUGCGUUGGGUUAUAAUAGCAAGAACUCGGAUACUUCGACUUCAAGUUCCAAAGCGACAACAAAUCCAACGACGACUGAAAUUUCAAAAACUUCUCCAGCUACAUCUUCAAUAACUUCUAAAACUUCCCCAAGUUCAAGCUUAACCUCCACAAUAAAUCCAACCACGCCUGAAAUUUCAACUACCUCUCUAGCUACAACUCUCUCAACUUCAAGUUCAACGUCCACAUCCACGACCACAUCAACCACAACAUCUACAACUACAACUCCAGUUCCAACCACAACGACAAAAGCCCUCAAUUGCUUGGCAGGUGGAGAUUGGAUUCAAAGCUCACGAAAAGGUUAUAAUUGGUGUAUGCAAGUUUUUAACGGAACAGUUACUUGGGAACAGGCUAGAACUGCUUGUAACAGUAGUCACAAAGCUGAUUUGGCUGGAUUUGAGACGCAAGACGAGAAAGAUCGGGUAUUGGGUGAGUAAAAUGUUGCGCAUGAAACAUUGUGGGAAUAAUGAUUUUAACCAUUUUUUACAGCUCAGGCGAAAGAAAAAGUUAGGAACUCUGUUAUAUGGAUUGGAUAUGUGACCAACGGUAGAUGCAAAAGUUCAACUACUGCAGAAUGUGACACAGGUUUUUACUGGAUUGAUGGUGAUACAGUGAAAAACUCUGAACUCACCAAGGGGUGGUGGGCUAGUUAUCAACCCGAUAACUCAGAAUACAAGCAAAACAAAACAGUUAUGCACGUCGGAAAUUGGGGCUUAUUCAUGGAUGGAACUUUUGAUGAUCGUCCCAUGAAUCCUGAUCUGCUUAGCAACCCUCAACCAACUGGGUUUGUGUGCGGUAAAAAAGCCGAAUAUCCAUAA